AUGAGCAACGUUAAUAAGACGGGCAGACCGUCAUUAUCGUCGGUCAUUAGCAAACCGAUAUCGAAUAAACCCACUAUUAAAUCCAAUGGAACACAAACAACCAAAUCUACAAAUGCAUACAAUUCACAAACCACUCUACUCAGUCGUACAAAGAUACCCAAAACCCCUACUUCCGCCACCCCACCCCACACUCCUAUUCCGACUACACCAACACUUCUGCCAUCAACGUCUACCGCGACCAGCGAUAUCAACAAUCAAGUAAUUACUACCAACACCACAACACAUAACACAAACCAUAAUUAUGCGUCCACGGCAUCUAAUGAAAACUAUCCCAGUAGAGAACAAGCACUUGUGUUUAAUUCUAUAGAGGGAAUACCUCAAAGAGACUACAUUGUCGACAUAGGUAAAAUAAUCUCGCCAAAGAACAUUCUAUUCGUUUCCCGCAUAUCUAACAACCGUUUUUGCAUUUUUCUCUCAAGCAAGCAAAUACUCGACUCACUCUUAGAAGCCACUCAAACAAUUACAAUUAACGAACAGAUAAUACAUAUACGCAGACUCAUAAAUCCAGCCAAGAGGAUUGUCAUUUCUAACGUCUGCCUUCUAUCCCCAACCACGUCAUACUCGAUGCGCUCAAAAAAAUCAAUGUUAUCAAUGUAUCCGAAAUUGCAUACCUCAAAGCAGGUAUCAACAUUGAGGGAUAUAAACACAUAUUAA